AUGGGCCUUGAGAAUGACGAUUUGGCCGUUUCCCAAAAUCUUCAAACCCUUUCGUUUGGAAUCACCUUUCCUGUCACCUGCAUCCUUUGUAUCCUAGUCCUUGUCCAGCGCAUCCGACGACAACCGCAGGGCAGGUUCGCUCCGUCACAGAGGCAAAUGGAUCCAUCGCCUUCUUCGCCAGACAUGUCUGGUGGCAAAGAGCAGCAGCCAGUGGGCAAAGAGGCGCCCUAUUUCAGAGACCCAUCCUACAAUGCUACUACCAAAUUCCCUUCAGCCUGUGAUAUCCUGCAGCCUUUGUCUCAGUUGGCUCCUUUGCCAUCAAGUGGCUAUCUCGCUGCAGUUCUAGGCCGGGAGCGCCGUGAUGGCAACAAGCAAUCAUAUCCAGAGGACCAGACCCCUACAGCCUACCUUGGCUCGUCUGCCACUAGCUCGGGCGGUACUAGUCGUCCAGCUACUUCGGACACGAAUGAGAGCUCCUAUCGCUCAGGCUCGAUCUCCGGAGGAUCUGAUGCAUCUCGUCGCGGGUCCGAAGAUCCGCAGCAAAUUGCCCUCUCACCGACAGGGUGGCGUAUAGAAGGCGAUCCAGAAGAGUUUACCGGCCUGUCCGGUUCAGAGGGGGUCCAAUCGGUCCAGAAGCGAAGUCAGACAGUCCAAUAUCUCUACGAUGUAGAUGACGAGCGUGUACGAACAUGGAAACGAAUGAUGGUUGAGUACCACUGA